CCCUACCUUUAUCCGCACGCCUGUUGCUUCUAAUAUAAAAUAUAUUCCGAGACUAGUUUUUACUUAAUAAAAAUAGGUGGCAAAGGUAAUUGAACAUCAAACAACGAAAAAACGUGCUGCGAGAUUGUAAAUAAUGGACUCAAAAUACUUGGCCACCAGCAAGCGAGAUGCGGGGGGUCCUUCUCCAGUGAAAUUCUCUAUUAAACGGAAGUAUGACUCGAUGGCAAAUAGUCCCGUUAUUGAGAAGAAAACGCAUGUGGCUCAAAUAAAGCAUCCGAUGUCACCAGUUUUGCUGACCAGUAAAAGAACCUCAAUCGAACAACUCCAGAAGUCCUUGCCCGUCUACAACUGCCGGCAGAGAAUCCUAAAGGAAUUGGAACUGAACGACACCGUGCUGAUAAUGAGUGAAACGGGAUCCGGAAAGACCACUCAGAUCCCGCAGUUCCUUCUCCAGGCUGGCUACGCAAAAAACGGGGUCAUCGGAAUAACGCAGCCACGAAGAGUGGCGGCGAUAACUGUGGCGCGCCGAGUUGCUCAGGAAUUAUCCGGAAACAUUGGCGAUACGGUGGGCUAUACGGUUCGAUUCGAGGAUUGCACCUCAAAGAACACAAAGAUCCGCUUCGUAACUGACGGUGUGCUCCUCCGAGAGUCUAUAAGGGAUCGACUUUUGCUCAAAUAUUCUGUGAUUAUUCUGGACGAAGCCCACGAACGAACUGUAAAUGCCGAUCUGCUAUUCGGGAUAGUAAAAGAUGCCCAGAAAGAGAGACGAAAGCAAAGAUUGGCUAAUCUAAAGGUUGUUGUUACCUCUGCCACGAUGGAUAUCGAUCAUUUCGGAAAGUAUUUCAAUUGCAAAGGAAUGUAUCUGGAGGGCAGGACGUAUCCCGUUCGUGUGAUGCACGCCAAGGAGGAGCACGAAGAUUAUGUGCACACCGUCCUAGUAACUCUUUUUCACAUUCACCGCACCACGCCGAGAAACCAUGACGUUUUAAUAUUUCUAACAGGGCAAGAGGAAAUUGAAUCAUUGGCCCAUCAAAUUCGCCAGCUUGCAAAGAUUGACAUGACUGGAACUACAGAUCUCCGUGUGUUCACGUUGUACGCUCAAUUAUCGCAGGGCAAACAAUUGGAGUGUUUUUUACCGACACCGGUCAACGUCCGGAAAGUUAUACUGGCCACAAAUAUAGCAGAAACCUCGAUCACCAUACCCGGCAUUCGAUGUGUUAUCGAUUGCGGAUUUGUAAAAGAAAAAUCAUACAAUACCUCCGACGGAUUGGAUGUCUUGAAGUCAGUGAGAGUUUCGCGGGCGCAAGCCUGGCAGAGAUCAGGACGAGCAGGUCGCGAUGCGGAUGGAACUUGCUACCGGGCAUAUACAAAAAAAGAAAUGGACUCGUUUACAGAUGCUACUCAACCAGAAAUCCUCAGAACGAACCCAACCUCAAUGGUACUGCAACUUCUUGCUUUGGACAUCGACUGCAAUAAUUUUGAUUUUUUGGACGCUCCACUUGAAGAAGGACUAAGGAGUGCGUAUAAAAGCUUGGAUGCCCUUGGAGCUAUUAAAAGUGGGUCGGUCUCACAUAUUACACCCUUGGGCCGGCAAAUGGUGCAAUAUCCCUUGGAUCCAAAAUAUUCAAAGUUAUUGCUAACUGCCUCAUCUUUUGGCUGCAUGGAAGAAAUUCUGAGCCUCGUGUCUGUGCUCUCAAGUGAUCAUGUUUUCGUUUCGAAUAGCGACAAAAAUGAAAUAGCUACUUUAGCUCAUGCUAAGUUUCAAUCCAAGCAUGGAGAUCAUUUAACGCUACUGAAUGUAUUUAAUGCAUUUUCAAAAACAGAGAAACCAAAGAUGUGGUCUCACGACAAUUAUUUAAAUUUGCGUAGCUUAACAUACGCCCGGAAUGUUCGUCGACAAUUGGCGGAAAUUAGCGAGCGACUAAAUUUGGCCUUUAAUAGUUCUGAUGACAUCGAAAUGAUAAAAAAAUGCAUUUUAAAUGGAUUUUUCGAAAAUAUUGCCGUAUUGCAACGGGAUGGAUUUUAUUUAACAGUUUCCGGGAACAUCAGGGCCAAAAUUCAUCCGUCAAGUGUUCUGCAUGGAAAGUACAAGCCAAGCUAUAUUCUCUUCACUGAAAUAGUUCAGACGGAACAAACAUUUCUACGCCAGGUCACGGAAAUAUCCUUUGAAUGGAUUACGGAGAUUGUGCCGUUCGUUAAAAAUAUACCAUCAAGAUAAAAUAAAGUUUAAAACUGUUGAAAUUA